CUUUUCGGCAAAGAUGUCUUCGUUAGACAGCAAUUGCCGCCAAAUAUCAAUCCCGAGACCGAAGUGUUUGUCUGUAAGACAACACGCGAGGCGUUUCUCACAUACGAUGAGUUCUUCGAGCGACAGAUCCUGUGCUCAUCGAUGGUGUGGACGUGUACUGUGAGCGGCCGAACGGGUCUCACUUAUGUGGAGGCCGUGGAGUGCGAGCGCGCGUCCAUUGAAAUGCUGUCCGCAUUCCCGACCGGACUCACGAUUCCGACUCUGUUUCUCACGCGAUACCUGACCGAGACGUCCAUCAAUACCAUCGUUGAUAUGAUCUAUCAAUUCAUUAAUAAUCGGUAUUUCAUUGCCGAAGAGAUUGAGACCAUUAUUAACACCAAAAGAAAAUCGAAAGGAAAGGUGUUUCGAGUGAUUCCUCCGAAUCAGUCGGAGAUAAGGGAAGACGAGGUGAACGCACAAGAGUCGAGUCCACAGACACAGUGUUUUGGCAUAAAUCCGAUGCUCUAUAAGUAUGAGAUCAUCGACACCGNAACGCACAAGAGUCGAUAUGAGAUCAUCGACACCGAGAAGAACCGGCAUAUAGUGGGCGCCGAACGGCUCACCCGUACUAAAGGUCUCAUAACCAAAGAUAAGCUCAAGUUAUUUCUCAGACAACACUUGAGUCAAUCCAAGCGAACGGAUCCGUGGCUACUGAAGGAAUCGUCCGCUAAAGAGUUUAAUCUGCCGGUCAUUGGAUGGGAUAACAUAUUCUCGGGACCCGAACCCAACUUUUCCGAAGAAACGCUUAUCGUUAAGACAUUCAACAAAGACAAACAAAAAGCCAUUUUAGACUCAAAGCGUGGCUCUUCUGGAAUCACUAAAACUCCGAAGAGCUCGAAGACUAAGACAAUGGCUGCGAGUGUUUCCCAAUCAAAGAGUAGUAAUAAAAAGAACGCCUCAACAAGUGGUAAGAAGAACCAAAAGUCGGCCACAAAAUCGGCGCCGAAAAGUAAAACCAAAGAAGAGACCAAACAAUCGAUUCGCGAGAGAGAAAAGGAACAGAAAUUACAGCAAAAACUGCUCGAAAAGGAACACAAGAGACAAUACGAAGAGAAUAUGAAAGAGUGGAGCACUAAAAGAGACGACUUGGCGUGCGAUGACUUGAGGCCACUGCCCGAAGCCGAGCCACUCAAAUGCCAGAUACCGGUCCACUUGUUCGCCGACGCGGUCGCUGUGAUGGAGUUUAUUCAUUGUUUUAACGAUUUAAUUGAUUUGAAAUCCAUAUUUCCGUUGGGAAUAACACUGGAACUGAUGGAACAAAUGGUGACAGACGUGGACGUGAACGGGCCGUUCGCCGAUCUCAUCAAAGUGUUGAUUACAACGAACUUUACUUUACAACAAGAGGAGGACGAGAGUGAACAGAGAGGAGGAAGGGAUGACAGCAGUGACGACGAGUCAAAGCCAGCCGAAGACGAGCGCAACGAGAUAUUUGUCAACACAUCCGGCGACAAGAAUUCUGUCUAUUAUUAUAAUUGGAUUCAAAAUCAUUUUGGUUUAGAGUUAUCUCAACUCAGUUUAGACGCGUUUAACAUCACAGAAGUGUUGCGCCUCUAUUUGCUGUCCAGCGGUGGCGGACCUCAGCCUCACUCCAAAUACAGGGGUCUCUAUAAUCCGCGC